AUGGGCGCUGCCAUCUCAAAAGCAAUCAUAAGACAGGAACUUGAAAAACUGAAGGAUGAUUUGAAAUAUAAAGAUCUCCCAGAUGUGACAAAACAAAGUCAAGAAGAACUAAAUUUGUUAAAGUACUCUACUCUCGAUAUCGCCAUCACAGGGGUGACGGGUGCUGGUAAAUCAUCAUUUGUCAAUGCCCUGCGAGGAAUACAAGAUGGCGAAGAAGGGGCAGCUGAGACUGGGGUAACAGAAACAACCAUGGAGAAACAGGGAUAUCCACAUUGCAUGUUCCCAAAUGUAACAAUAUGGGAUCUUCCAGGAAUCGGGACAACUACAUUUAAAGCAAAGGAAUACCUCAAGAAGGUAUAUAUUGAGUACUAUGAUUGUUUCAUCAUCCUUUCCUCAGAACGUUUCACUGAGAACGAUGUUCUCCUGGCCCAUGAAAUUCAUAAAAUGGGGAAGAAGCUCUACUAUGUGCGCAGCAAAGUGGAUGUCAGUAUAGAUGCUGAAAGGAGGAAACCAAAGUUCAGUGAGGAGAAAACCCUUGAGAAGAUAAGGAAAUAUUGUUGUGAUAAUCUGACAAAGGCAGGAGAAUCUAAUCCAAGGGUUUUUCUCAUCUCCAGAUGGGAUUUGAAUAAGUAUGAUUUCUCCCUCUUGCAAGAUACCUUGGAGAAUGACUUGGAUGAUAUCAAGAGACAUGCUCUAAUUCUGACUAUGCCAGCUUUUUCCAAAGAAGUCCUGAAGAAGAAAAAGACAGCUAUGGAGGCCCUUAUCAGGAAAGCAGCCCUUGUGUCUUGUGGCAUUGGGGCAAUUCCUGUCCCUGGACUCUCUCUUGUCUGUGAUAUUGGCAUCCUGGCAACAACAAUGAGACAUUUCUGCAGGGUCUUUGGCUUGGACAAUGAUUCCCUCCAUAGACUUGCGAACCAGGUUGACAUACCUGUUAAUGUUUUGCAAUCAGCUGUCAAAAAGUCCCCAAUGGCCAGCCAAGUCAACAAGGAAUUUGUACUUGAUCUGUUGACUAAGUCAUUCGUGUCUGGAACACUGAUGGCAGCUGAAUUUGUUCUUGAUUUUGUGCCGGUGUUGGGUUCUCUGGCUAGUGGAGGACUAUCUUUCGUAACCACAUUCUACAUCCUGCAGAACUUUCUGCAUGACGUUGAGGAAGAUGCUGAGAACGUCCGGGCGAAAGCUACAGAGUCCCAACCAAAAUAA